UCUUGGCUCGAGCACCGGGGGCUCCCGAGCGUGCGGUCUGCGGGAGCGUGGUUGAGGGGGCUUCGGAUCUAUGGCGCUGAUCACCGGAGGCGAGGUCCCCAGCGGCGGACCGUGGCGGACCGUGGUUCUCGCCUGCCAGCACCUGCCGACGACCGGCCAGAACGGACGCGGUGUCCGCGGUGUCCGCGGACGGAGCGACAGCGAAUUCGGGAAGCGACACGGAGCGAGCGACGGGACCAUUUGCACCCCGACCGCAACUGACGUCGCACAAUUGCUGCGCGAGCUGGUUGAGACGCCUCGUGAUGCCCAACAAAAAGCGCGUCGAGAUCUCGGUGGGCCAACGUGCAGCCGCCUUGGAGGCCUGGGAAUGCUCGCGGCCAACGAGCUGGCCAUUGCGGGCAAGGAUCAUGUGGUGGCCACUUCGAGGAGCGGCCGCCCCACAGGGAUGCCUCCUGCGCUGCAGCAGCUGAUGGCGGCGAUGCAGACGACGUGCCCACACUACAUGGUCAAGGCAGAUGGUUCCGAUGGCGCAGUGAUGCUGGACACCAUGCAAGCUUUUUGCCGCCCAGGGCUCUUGGCCGAGUCCGCGGUGACACUGGGCACGGUGAUCUCGCAGACCCGUGCGCAGAUGGAGACCAUGCCCGAUGAAUUGGUGAGGCCUUCGCUGGAGACCUUGGAACGCAUCAAGAAGGAGAUCAUCGAGACCUCCAAGGAGGCGAGUGACAAAGUCUCCUUUGGUGCGGAUGUCACCGUGGACGAUGCUCAAGAGGUCCGCGACCGCGAAGAUGAAGUUGUGGAGAUCAUUGGAAAGUUGAAGCAACGUCUUGAGACUGGAACGGCGGGACCUGCGCAGCUGAGGGCCAUCCAGAAGACCGGUAGCGAAUUGGCCGAGCAGGUGCAGGAAUUGGGCGUGAAGAUCAAAAACGUCACGACCGAAACGAAGUUGGCGCUGCCGCAGCGGCGUAUGGGCAUUGAGACCAUUGUACAUGCAGCCGGCGUGCUGCAAGAUGGAUUGCUCUUGCCGAAUCUGCCCAAGGCGCCUGAGAUGUGGAGCAUCGUCUAUGGCUGCAAGGCGCAUGGUGCUUGGCAGAUCCACCAAGCGACCACGGCGCUGUGAGCGGAGCGAGCCACGCGCGUUCUGAGUCGCGCGCGACCACGGCGGCGCUGGGCCGUAGAGUGCUGCUCGCACUGGUUGCGCCUGGAAAUAUUGAAAGAACCAAUGGGA